UCAGCAAUGGGUUCUCUUGGCCGGAAAUCGUUUUGCGCUACAAGUCCCCAUUUUUUCAAGAUUAUUCUGGAGGACACUUCUUCUGACUACAAACUGACAAUUCCAAAGAAGUUCUUCAUAAAAUUUGGUGAAGAUCUCUCAAAUUUAGUACGUCUUAAGCUGCCAAGUGGUUCUGAAUGGGAAGUGGAAUUGACAAGACGCAAUGGUGAGGCUUGGUUUGAAAAGGGUUGGCCAGAGUUCUCUAGGUUCUGCUCUCUAGAAUAUGGCAGUUUCCUAGUUUUUCGAUAUGAAGGGAAUUCUCACUUUCAAGUUUAUAUAUUUGACAAGAGUGCCACAGAGAUUGAUUAUCCCUUGACAGUACCCAAGAUUGAAGUUGUUGAUGAAGAUGAUUUAUCUGUUGAAAUUGUGGAAGACUUGGCUCCCUGCCCAAAAAGAAGGGAACAUUCUUUAUUAUUUCUCCCUACUUACAAGAAAAUGAGAACAAGUUUGAGUGGUAGACAAGAUCUGAUUUCCGAAAAUGAGAACACUCAUGACAUGAAGCCAAUGACAAACAAAGAUUCACAUUGCUCCAAAGCAGAAAUAAAAGGAGCAACUGAAUGCGCCACCAAAGCUGAUGUUGGAUCCUCAUCUAUGCCUGAAAGUGUCCCAAGGCAAAAAUGCCAUAAGAAUCUUGGGAGGAUGGAGCCAUUGACUACAACUGAGAAAGCUAUAGCUCUUGAAAGGGCAAAUGAUUUCACAUCUGAUCAACCAUAUCUCAAGAUGGCCAUGCAGCCCUCUCAUAUCCAUUCUGGAAGUAUUCUGCCUGCUGGAAUUGCCAUACUUAGAGUAUCGGUUGGAAGAACUUGGUCUGUGAAGUUCAAGUAUGAUCAUAACAACUCAAAAGCUCGAUUAUCGAGUGAUUGGUCACUUUUUGUACAGGACAAUAAUCUGAAAGUUGGGGAUGUUUGUGUCUUUGUGCUUAAUGACUGCAAUGAACUUUUAUUUGAAGUUUUCUUUUUCCCCACCAUAGAAGCUACAGAUCACACCUUCUCACCAGGGUAUGGAAGAGGAGCAAUUGAUCAAGUCAAAGAGAGAAGGCCUACAUUUAAAGCUAAGAACAAUCAAAAGCCUUCUUCAUCUUUCAGGGCUUCAAGAGUUGGUCUUUAA